AUGGAAUUAUUAGAAAGAUCUAAAAGUAAAUCGGUAUGAAAUCUUGAAACCCCAAAUCAAAGAAACUUCCUUAAAAUAUCUAUUUUUUAUUCUUUGAAUCUAUGGUUAAGCAUCAAUCAGAAGUGAAUUUCCAAUUAAAUGAAAAGGGCCUCUCAGACGACGUUCGAGAAAUUGGUCAGAUUGUCCAUUUUGACCAAGUUGAAGUAAGCCAGUCUGGUCAGAAUCAACAAUCUGACCAGGAAACAAAACUGCUACCACCACCACCACUAUCACCGCUGCCGCAGCCGCAGCUAGAUGAAGCUCAGGAGGGACAAGUCGCCUGUUUACCUCAAGAAAACGCGCGCUUUGAGGCCCUGGAACGGCAAGUUUCUACUAUUAUGGAGCUAGUCCAGGGCCUCGCUGCAGCCACUCCUGCUUUAACAAAAAAACAUGUCGGUGGCGAGGCCAGUAACCGGAGAUGGUUGGCCCGUCACCGGCGGCGGCAGCAGCAGCAGCAGCAACAACUACAAUUACAAUUACAACUACAACAAAAACAACAGCAGCAGCAACAGCCCAAACGAGGGGCAAGCUGCAAGCGCCAUCGCGGAAAUGGUGGGUUGUAGCGCCGCGGUGUGUGGCGGUGCCCCAAGAGGGGCGGAAGGGGGGACAAGGGCGGAGGUGCCCCCUCUUGCAACAUGUAAUACGUUAAUUGAAUCAUCAAACGAUGAUUUCGA